AUGGCUUCCAAGCUAUGUAAUUUUCUCCCAACAAUGGUUCUCAUUCUCCUCUUACCCUUAUUUGCCUCAAUAGCUUUCUCAGAUAGUACUCUUCCCACCACUCCUGUGUCUCCUGGAACCGUAUGCAAAUCAACUCCAGACCCAUCCUAUUGCAAAUCUGUUCUCCCUCACCAAAAUGGAAACGUCUACGAUUAUGGUCGAUUCUCUGUCAAAAAGUCUUUAUCACAAGCCCGUAAAUUCAUGAACUUAGUUGAUAAAUAUCUCAACGGUCGUUCUACUCUUUCCGCCACCGCCGUCCGUGCACUCCAAGAUUGCCGAACUCUUGCGGAGCUGAACUUUGAUUUCCUUUCGAGUUCUUUCCAGACAGUGAACAAGACAACGAGGUUUCUACCUAGUUUGCAAGCUGAUGAUAUACAAACAUUGCUCAGUGCCAUUUUAACCAACCAACAAACCUGCUUGGAUGGUCUCAAAGACACUGCUUCAGCUGGGAGCCUGAGAAAUGGACUCUCUGUUCCACUUUCUGAUGACAACAAGCUCUACAGUGUCUCUCUUGCUUUGUUUACAAAAGGGUGGGUUCCCAGAAACAAAAACAAAGGCAGUGCAUUGCACCCAACCAAGAAACAACUUGGAUUUCGAAAUGGGCGUUUGCCCCUUAAGAUGUCAACCAGAACCCGCGCCAUCUACGAGUCGGUGACCAGUAGGAAGCUCCUUCAGACCAAUCUCGAUGACCAGGUUGUCGUGAGAGACAUUGUGACAGUGAGCAAAGACGGAAGUGGAAACUUCACCACAAUUAACGACGCCAUUGCCGCUGCUCCAAACAAAUCUGUCUCUACGGACGGGUACUUUAUGAUCUAUGUCACCGCCGGUGUUUACGACGAAAAUGUGUCCAUUGAUAAGAAAAAGACGUAUUUGAUGAUGAUAGGAGAUGGUAUCAACAAGACAAUCAUCACAGGCAAUCGUAGCGUCAUCGAUGGGUGGACCACCUUCAGCUCCGCAACCUUUGCUGUGGUCGGGCAAGGAUUCGUGGGUGUAAAUAUAACAUUCCGUAACACCGCCGGGGCUGAGAAGCAUCAAGCAGUAGCUGUUCGAAAUGGAGCAGAUUUGUCCACGUUUUACAGUUGCAGCUUCGAGGGGUACCAAGACACAUUAUACGCACAUUCCCUAAGACAAUUCUAUAGCGAAUGCGACAUCUACGGUACCGUAGAUUUCAUAUUCGGAAACGCCAAGGUUGUGCUCCAAAAUUGCAACCUGUAUCCUCGUCUCCCAAUGAGUGGGCAAUUCAACGCCAUCACUGCACAAGGUCGAACAGACCCGAACCAAGACACAGGUAUUUCAAUCCAUCACUGUACCAUUACAGCCGCCGAUGAUUUGGCUGCAAGUAAUGGUUCGGCUGCAACAUUUCUUGGAAGGCCAUGGAAGGAGUAUUCUAGGACGGUUUAUAUGCAAACCACUAUGGACAAUGUGGUUGAUCCUGCUGGGUGGCGUGCAUGGGAUGGUGAUUUUGCAUUGAGCACAUUGUAUUACGCUGAGUUCAACAACACUGGAUCUGGAUCCAGCACCGCCAGUAGAGUGACGUGGCCAGGUUACCAUGUGAUUAAUGCCACGGAUGCUGCUAACUUUACGGUGUCCAACUUCUUGCUUGGAGAUGAUUGGUUGCCCCAGACAGGAGUUACUUACACCAAUACCUUAAUUUAG